AUGCACCAGGUUCCGCAGAGGAACGACGAGUCGAACAAGUUGGCGCACUAUUUUCCGCAGCAAAUGGGUGUAGAGGGGCUGGAGGGGGUGAAAUGCGUGAGCAACAUGGAACGACAGGAUGUGCUGGCUCUACGCAACAAGGCGGUUCCAGUGGCAUCGAGUCUCGAAGGCAAUCUGCCUACGGUGGCCGUCACGUUGGGUUUACAGGCAGUCACAACCGUGGAUACGGACCCGUACUUUGAGAUCGUCGGUGCCAGGGCCCUGGAGAUCACCGAGGUGCUCCAGCUACAAGCAACCAUUCGGAAGACGCUGAAGCGCACGGUCUCUGCGGAUGCGAAGCUGCUGAACCAGAUUUCAAACAAAGACCUGCUGAAAUCGCACGUGCAACAUUUGGCUGAAGAUCUAGGCAUUGGCGGUCGGAAGACUGGUCGUUUCGAUGAAAUCAGUUUGAUUGUCACCGACUGGGAGGCUAACAUGCCGGUGGAAGUCAUGGACAUCCUUGUGCAGUUUUUGGAAACAAGGCAGGAUGGCCCCAGAGAAGUCGCACUGGUACAGUUGGACCUACACGGCAAGCUGCCCCGACUUCUGGCGGCGUUGAGAAAGAACCGCGAAUUCUUCGAAUCAAGUGCAAGUUCGGUGGAGACGCUGGAGCUUAGCCUUGAGGAUGUUGAUCCACACCAGGUCUUUAUACCCCUCUUUCCGAACCUUUCUUCCUUGCGCUUGUACCGGCCCGAGUUUCCGAGUAACAGAGCCGAUGUGGAGCACCUCGGCAUGCGUCUUCUGAGUCUGAACUCCGAAACUCUGCGUGAUGUGGCUGUGGUCGGCUUGGAUGCAGAUGAUGCCGUUUUCCAGAAUGUGAUCACCUGCUUGCCGCGAAGUGAUUGCAGCAGCACCACCCUGUGGCUCGUGUCUGGCUUAGAUGGAAUCCGGAGCGCUUUGGGUGUUUUGGGAGAUGAGCUAGAAAAAGCGCGCAGAUCGGGGAGGACUGGGACCUUUGUCUCGAACUUGGCAGAGCUGAAGAUCCAUGUUCAGGCACCAAGCACGAGCUUUGACACCAUCCGGUGUGCAACGAAGCUGGCCCUCAAUCGCGGACUUACCGAAGAGGCGCAAGCUGCGAGGCGGUUGGUGCGGACAACCAUUCGCUCGACUCUGGCGGCGGCUCCAAGAAAUGAUGAUAUCCUCAUGUGCUUGUUCGAUGUCACGGCGCUUUCUGUGGGCAUUGCAACUUCGGAGGGCUUUCGUCUCCUGGAGUCCGGCGAAACACUUCCAGCGCGGGUGUUGCAGGCCAACAUCUCACAAGCCGAGGGGAACUUGCUUGUAGAAGCCGGCACUUUGGGUGGAGCCUUGGUCCUGGAACUCACGCUGGCUGCGGAGAGCACUGCCGCCAUGCUCGUCGAUUCUAUCAGCUCUCGAUUGGGAUGGAAUAGCGCAACUUGCUUCCUCCACGAUCUGCAAGUUCAACCCCACAUGAGCCUGGCGAACUAUCAAGUCCUGACCAUCAAAGAGCAGCGAGACAUCAAGAUGACCAGGCUGAUCGAGAGGAACAGCGUAUAUCCAACAAAAACAUCGAGGAGAUUCGCAGUGCGUUCUAGCAAUGUUGCAAUUCAGCUGCUAGAAGGCGAGGCUUCCCUGGCCUCUCAAAACCAUGUGCUGGGAGAGCUUGAGCUCGACGGCUUGACUGCAGAUAGCGCUGUAGACAUCACCCUGGAUAUCGAUGCAAACGGCAUUCUGCGUGUUAAAGCUGUUGGUCUUAGUUCUGGAAAGUCUGCCGACUUGGUGGUAGAUGAUCGACAUCGGUGGAGCUGCACAGAGAUCGAGCACAUGAUCGCGCAAGCCGAGCAAAGUUGGCGGCAGACAGCUUCCACCACGGCCAAGAGCAAGCUGUUCAAUCAGUGCACACGUCUGCUCGAAGACUUGCACGAGACUGAACAUGUAGAACUGGCAAGUCGAGCUCUGCAGUGGCUGGAGGACAACGACACCUGCGAAGACGUGAAGCUGGUGGAGGGCCAGCUUCAAGCCCUAGAUGCUCUGAACAAGAGAAUCGCAGAUGUGCUGACCUUGGAAGACAUCGUAGAAGAGAUCAUUCAGGAAGAAAUCGUGGACGAGACCGACGUCUAUGUCGAUGUUGACCGGCAGUUGAAGAUCCAGGGUCGAAACGAACGGAAGUUCGACCUAGGCGUGUUCAACCCGAUUUGGCGGUCCAAAGCCGACAAGCUGAGUUUGGAAGAGGUCAAUGCCAUCUCCGCACAUUUGACGCGAACAGCUUUCACAGAAGGUAGCCGCUGCCCACUCAAGUACGAGACCGUGACAUGGCUUGUUGGUGAGGCAGAGGUGAUGAACUUAAGGCGCAAUGCAGCCUCAGGGCAGGGCCCCACUGAGAGCGACAUGCUUUACACUCGCGGGCACGAGACCGAUCGGUGCACCCUCAUAUUGCAAGGACGACUCGGAGCUUUUGUCGGCCACGAGUCCUUCAAGACAGAGAAUGGAGCGUUUUCCGUGCUCGCGAGGGACGCACUGACAUCAGAGUUUUUCACUCCUGACUUCGACGCGUUCCUCAGCACCAGCAAGGUGCGCAUCCUGUCCAUCAAAAGGGACACCUACAAUCGUGCAGUGGAGCUGGAGAAGAACCCUGCCCUCCUGGAGAAAGCGAAACGAGCGCAGGCACACAUCAUGCCGCGAAUGCCAACUGCAAAACGGCUCAGUGUGAGGAAUCGCACAGGCACAGACGGCGAGGAGCGGCAGAAAGUGUUCGAACUUCAGGUAUUGGAUAAAAACCAGCACCAAUACUUUUCAAAAGCAAGUUAUCCUGCUGCCUUGCCUGGCUGUGCCGAGGAUGAGAGUCCAGCGACACCAACGCCUAAUUUCUUGCUACUUUGCAGUACAUAG